CACCCCAGCCAUACCUCGGACCACCAGACUGCGCCUGCUGUGGACAAGGGAAGCAGGCAGUGCCCAGCGCUCCCCACCACGGGUUCCUGGGGAGGACGCAGCGUCCCCUGCUCUUAGGUGGGACUGGAUGAAUGGGGACUGUUGACUUUGAAGGAGAUCCAGUUGGAGUUGAAAAGAGAAGAAAAGGAUUUUUAUUGUAGCUUACCUGCAGAAAACUCAACCAUGGCAGUCAAUAUAUCUGGGACUUUGUCCACGACAGUAACACAUGGAUUUAAUUCCACUAACGAGUCACCUUCAAUGUCAAUAACAAGGCUUUUCCCAGCCUUACUAGAAUGCUUUGGCAUAGUCCUUUGUGGUUAUAUAGCAGGAAGGGCCAAUGUCAUAACAUCAACACAGGCCAAAGGAUUGGGAAAUUUUGUCUCCAGAUUUGCACUUCCAGCCCUCUUAUUCAAAAACAUGGUGGUACUUAAUUUCUCCAAUGUGGAUUGGGCUUUCCUGUAUAGCAUUUUAAUUGGCAAAGCUUCUGUAUUCUUCAUUGUCUGUGUACUAACCUUAUUGGUCGCCAGUCCAGACAGUCGAUUUAGCAAAGCUGGACUGUUCCCUAUUUUUGCUACUCAAAGUAAUGACUUUGCAUUGGGAUACCCUAUAGUUGAAGCUUUAUAUCAAACUACAUACCCAGAAUAUCUUCAGUACAUAUAUUUGGUGGCACCAAUAUCUCUUAUGAUGUUAAACCCUAUAGGGUUUAUUUUCUGUGAAAUCCAGAAGUGGAAAGACACUCAAAAUGCUUCACAAAACAAAAUAAAAAUUGUGGGACUUGGAUUUCUGCGUGUAUUACAGAACCCAAUAGUAUUUAUGGUCUUCAUUGGUAUUGCCUUUAAUUUUAUUCUUGAUAAAAAGGUGCCUGUAUAUAUGGAAAAUUUUCUUGAUGGACUUGGAAAUUCUUUUUCUGGAUCAGCCCUGUUUUAUCUUGGUCUUACAAUGGUAGGAAAAAUAAAGAGACUGAAGAAGUCAGCAUUUGUUGUACUGAUUCUUCUCAUCACAGCUAAACUUCUGGUGCUGCCACUUCUGUGCAGAGAAAUGGUGGAACUCUUGGAUAAGGGUGACAGUGUAGUAAACCAUACAAGUUUAUCAAACUAUGCAUUUUUGUAUGGCGUCUUUCCUGUAGCACCAGGAGUGGCUAUCUUUGCCACACAGUUCAACAUGGAAGUAGAGAUUAUAACUUCAGGGAUGGUAAUAAGCACGUUUGUGUCUGCUCCGAUCAUGUAUGUUUCUGCCUGGUUACUGACCUUUCCCAGUAUGGACCCUAAGCCAUUGGCGUACGCCAUCCAGAAUGUUAGUUUUGAUAUAAGUAUUAUUAGCCUGGUCUCUUUGAUCUGGUCUCUGGCUGUUCUUCUCUUGAGUAAGAAAUAUAAACAGCUUCCUCAUAUGCUUACAACUAAUUUACUUAUUGCCCAGUCUGUUGUCUGUGCUGGAAUGAUGAUAUGGAAUUUUGUUAAAGAAAAAAAUUUUGUUGGACAAAUUUUGGUGUUUGUUCUAUUGUACAGCUCCUUGUAUAGCACCUACCUGUGGACAGGCCUUCUAGCAAUUUCUUUGUUCCUUUUAAAAAAGCGAGAGAAUGUACAAAUUCCUGUUGGAAUCAUCAUAAUAUCUGGCUGGGGAAUUCCUGCCCUCCUUGUUGGUGUUCUUUUGAUAACUGGAAAACACAGUGGAGAUAGCAUUGAUUCAGCCUUCUUUUAUGGAAAAGAGCAGAUGAUCACCACAGCAGUCACCCUGUUCUGCAGCAUUCUGAUAGCUGGAGUAUCGCUCAUGUGCAUGAACCGUACCAGCCACGCAGGCCGCUACGAAGGCUUCGGCCAGUCUCAGAGUCGCAAAGCAGUGGAUCCUGGAAACACUGCUUUUGAGGAGAGUCCAGCACCAACAAAUGAACCAGAACUUUUUACAAGAUCUAUCCCAGAAACAAGUUGCUGCUCAUGCUUCGUGGGAAAUGGUGAAUUACAGUGCCCAUCAGCAGAGCCAGUAGCAAAUGCAACCUCCAGUAGGCCUGUGACUCCUUCCUUUGAGAAAAAUGAUCACUGUGUGAGUCGCUGUAACUCCCAGAGCUGCAUAUUAGCCCAGGAAGAAGAACAGUAUCUGCAGACUGGAGACCCACAACUGACUCGACAUGUCUUGCUGUGUUUACUUCUCAUUAUUGGCCUGUUUGCUAAUCUUUCUAGUUGUUUAUGGUGGCUAUUCAACCAAGAACCUGGAAGACUCUAUGUUGAAUUACAGUUUUUCUGUGCAGUGUUUAACUUUGGCCAGGGAUUUAUUUCCUUUGGAAUCUUUGGAUUGGACAAACACUUAAUCAUCCUACCUUUCAAAAGAAGACUUGAACUCUUGUGGAACAAUAAAGAAACAGGAGACAACAGAGAUUCUCCUGUUUCUGAGGAAAUAAAAAUGACUUGUCAACAGUUUAUGCAUUAUCACCGUGACCUCUGCAUCCGAAACAUUGUAAAGGAGAGGAGGUGUGGUGCAAAGACUUCUGCUGGGACCUUCUGUGGCUGUGACCUGGUAAACUGGCUAAUUGAAGUCGGCCUGGCCUCCGACCGUGGUGAAGCUGUGAUAUAUGGAGACAGACUGGUGCAAGGAGGAGUCAUCCAACAUAUUACCAAUGAAUAUGAAUUUCGGGAUGAGUACUUAUUUUACAGAUUUCUUCAAAAGAGUCCUGAACAGUCUUCUCCGGCUAGCAACACCAAUCAGGAAAGCUAUAAAGAAAUUGAGCAUUCAUCCCCAUCCUCACUGUCUCCCAAGAUCUAAGAUAUGAAGGAGAGAACCCUGUAUAGAGUCAUAUUCUAGCCCCAGAUGAAAUGCUUUUUAGUUGUAUGACCUUGGGCAAGUUACAACCUCUCAACCUUCAUUUCCUCUUCUGUACAGUCUGACAACAUGCAUUCCUGUCCCCAUGCCAACAUUCCAUGGUUCUAUAUGUGUGUAAAACAUAUCAGAAGAGGCCAGACCUGGUCACACACUUGUAAUCUCAGCACCCAUGAGGUUGAGAUAGGAGGGUUCCUUUGAGUUCAAGACCAGCCUGGGCUACAUAAUGAAGUCAAGGCCAACCUGAGCUACAGUGAAACCCUCUUGAAAAAACAAAAACAGAUCACAUCAGAAAAAGAGGAAACCAAACCAAAAUAUAAUAAAUACAAUGACUAUAAAUAAUACUAAUAUUUUAACAUUAUAGUCAUUUCUCCCUUCUGUUGCUUACUAUAAUUUAAAAUCCACAUUCAAUUGUCUAUUCCUUUAAACUUCUGAAUUUAGGAGCAUACUGCUAGUAAAAUGGACCUUAGGUUUUGACAACUUUACAUUUAUUGAUAGCAUCUUCUAAAAAUGAAUUUUAAUAAUUCUAAUAAGAGUUUAUUUUUUUCUUUGACAAAUACUAAGUUAAGAAUAGAAUCACUAAAAAAAAAAAAAAAAAGAAUAGAAUCACUGUUUUUUCCCCCCAAAGGUUUAUUUUUUUCUUUUCUCUUCUAUCCAGAGUACUAAUCUAUAUCAUUAAAAAGGGAAUAAGAACCUUCCUGUUUAUUAUUUCCGUAACCCUUCAACAGAAGUAUAAUCUGAUCUUUCACUUGUGUAUUACAAAUAACUUGAGCAUAUUCACUUAAAUGCUAUAAAAUUACUGCUACACAAUGGGUCAUUUUUGGUAUUUUCACAAAGCCACUUUAUUGCCUGCAGUGAAAAAGGGACUAUAUAUGUAGUUCAAGCCAAGACUUACCAAUUUGAACCCUAGCAUCCUACCACUGCCUUUUGAAUUCAGUCUUAAGUGUCUGUAUAUAAAAGUUUGUAAGAUUUAAACAUAUUAAGGGUUGUUCUCUAUCAUUACGGCUGCUAUACGAAAUGUGGAUAGCUUAUGAACAACAGAGUUAUUUCUUACAGGUCUGGAUAUGGGACAGUCCAAGGUUAAAACAUCAGUAGAUUCAGUGUGUGGUAAGGGCCUGGCUGCUGGUCCACAGAGGGCAGCUACUUGCCAACUCCGCACAAGGAAGGGAAGAGCUCUAACUCUUCAGCCCCUUGCAGGGCACUGAUCCUAUCAUGACAGCACCAUGCUCGUGACCUCCCAGUAACAACACAUUAAGGGUUUGGCUUCAACACUAGAACUGGGGAGGGAGCACAACAUUCAGACCAGAGCACCCUCUGAUAAGCUUUAUCUUCAGAAAAUUAAAAAGAGACUUACUUGUAUGACUUUUGAACGGCUACUUAAUUAUUAGGCGCCAAUGCUGGCUUAACUUGAAACAUUCAGAUUUUUAUUUAUCUUAUAUUUUUAGUGUUUAAUAUAUAAAACCAUUUAGAAAAUUAUUUAUAGGGUUAGUGUCAUUGCCCUUUUAAUGCAAUAGAUAUAUAAUUUUUUAAAAACCUGCAUGGAAGCCUUAUGUAUUUAACAAGUAAAUUAUACUUUAGUAUACUGUUAAACUAUUACAUUACUAAGAUAUUAACUAUUUUAAGUUAUGAUUGGGGAAUGGGGAUAUUUUAAAGCAGAACUGUCUUGCUGCAGAACUUUUUAAAAUGAUGACCACAUUACGACUCUGAAUGCUCAGGAGUAAAACAUAAAGCCUCAUUGCUGUACCAGGCAAUUUCUAUAGUUACAAUAAAGACAUAAAUUCACAUGCAUGCAGGCAACUCAAAUUCAAGUGGGGAAUUUUUUUGUUUACAACAGAUCUUACUACAUAUGCUUUGUUAUUUGCACGAAUGGAAUCUGCAACGUCUUUUCCCAUAGGAGACACUAAAAGAAAAUCCUGGAUUAGAAUGAUUUGCAGUUUCAGAUAAUAAAGGCUUUUAAGAUAUGUUUUUAGGAUUAAGGAUAUGCUAAUUUUAUUAAAUAAAAAUAUUUGUAACUGUUACUUUCUCAAUAGCAAAGCAAGUUUCUCAAUAAAAUACUUAUUUUGACUGGUA